UUGUAGGAACGAAAUUUACUACUUCUUUUACCCGUGCUAUUGUGUUGUCAAUGCCGGAACCUGUGAUCAUCGAUGUUGAACUGAAAGUGAAGGGUACAACUGAAUCUGAGGACAAACACUUGAGCUACCUAGCUGUGCCACUCUUAUGUCAUGGUAAGCGUUAUUCACGUAUGCUGCUUAAUUCUGGUUCUUACACAAGCAAGCUAAGCACACUGGAGUUCAGACUUGGCUACAUCGUGUCAUCUGUGGAGGCCACAAUAUUCGUGCGAGUCAUUUGUGGGUCAUGGCCUGAUGGUUUUCAUGGUCAAUUUGCUGCCUUUACCACUGGUGUUCGUUGGAAGGAUUUGGCCCGUGAAAAGAACAUUGCCAGUGUUGAUGAUGAGAGAAUUCUCCUGCUUGAUUCUAGAGGUGAUCAGAAAGUAGUUGUUACUGGUGAUGAUGGCAAGAUUGUGCUUUCACGGUGUGUUGUUUCUGUUGAAGAUAAGGGCGAGCUGAAAGUUCAUGUCAGGGCAUGGAAAGUUGAUGACAGUGUUGUGGAAGCAGAGAUGGUUUUCACAGCAUUGAAAGCCGGUUUAAGCAAUGGUGAGCUAGACAUGGGCUUCUGUAAGCUUGGAGUUAGUGUAGCUUGGUCGCUCAUUUCAAGGAAGCCUGUUUAUGCUGAUUCGGUAAUGUAGCAGAAAGUUUGCAUGUCAGGCAUCGGAUGGUCAUAACAAACGUUGUGAAACACAUGAACUGGUUCUAUAUAUAUAUUGUUAGUAUGGUUGAUGCAGCUUUUGUAAGAUUGUGGCUGAUAUUAUACAAGUCAGAUUGGUAAUUCUCUGCCUUAAUGUUGCCUGCCUUAUACAAGUCCGCAUGUUAUCUUAUC